AGAGAAGCGGACUUUCUCUGCCAGUAGUUGUAGAAGUCCCGGUUGGAGUCGAGCGAGAGUGCGAAUAUGUGCGCCUGUGCGUAACGGUGUGCUUCUGCAUCUCGAGUGGACCUCACGGCAGAGCGGGAGGAAUAUAUAAGGACGUUGAGAGACAGGAAUCGGCGAUACGAGCAACAACGACGACGAGGACGACGUGGACGAGGACGACGCGCUAUCAGCGUCUCGGCUGUCGCUGCCGACUCGGCCGGGUUUCGCGGAGAAAAGCGACGCGAGAGGGUGAACGGGAGCAUCAGGAGGCUGCGACAAGAGGCACUAGCGGAGCUGCUGGUGCACGCGACCAGGAUGCGACCGAGGAGUGACUCAUCGAUAAUAUAUCAAGAUCCGUGAAGACACAGUUUCAUAUCGAAAACUCUUUCGCCUGAGGACUUGAAAUAUUUAUCUCUAAUAAUAGAAAAGUAACAUAACGAAAAGAAGAUACGUAACAAGGAGUCAAGGGUGGAUCAGCGCGAGCUUCGAGGAGCGUCCAACAUUUGGCAGCAGGAAGAUCGCGAAGAGGGUGAAGGGUAAAAGCAUCUAAGGGCGGGUGGGGGGAUGCAGCUCGAAAGGGUGGCGGCAUGGAGGAGCCCUCGUUGGAGGCUCUCAUGCAGGCGAGCCUUAUCUUCGUGGUCGCCGUCGCCAUCAUCCUCUCGAAUCUGCUCAUUAUCGCCACCUACCUUAACUUCCGCGGUCCCUCCGAGGUGAUAAACUACUACUUGCUAUCACUCGCCUCGGCAGAUCUUUUAUGUGGUCUGUUAGUGGUUCCGCUCUCAGUAUAUCCGGCGCUGGUACGAAGAUGGGUUUACGGAGAUAUCGUUUGCCGACUCGUCGGUUAUUUGGAAGUCACACUUUGGGCGGUAUCGGUGUACACUUUUAUGUGGAUCUCCGUAGAUCGCUAUCUGGCUAUCAGAAAACCGUUGAGAUACGAGACCGUACAGACAAAAACCCGAUGUCAAUGCUGGAUGGUCUUCACGUGGAUCAGCGUGGCGAUGAUGUGUUGCCCGCCUUUGCUCGGCUUCAACAAGCCGAUCUUCGAUCGCGAGGCCUUCAUCUGCAUGCUCGAUUGGGGCAACAUGGCCGCGUACACCAUCACGCUGUCGAUCCUCGUGUUGGGACCGUCGGUCAUCACCAUCGUCUACACGUACUUCUAUAUUUUCUCCACGAUGAGGCGAUUGAAGUCCGGCGUGUUGAUCCACGACAAAGAGUACGCUACUGCGCUAUCGGAAAAUCUAAGCAACCCGAGCCACAUUAUGUCCUUCGUCCUAGUGAUGGCUUUCUGCAUGUCAUGGGCGCCGUUCGCCGGACUGAGGAUAUACGCGGUUGUUAACGGGCCGCCUCAGGUACCGUUUUUACACUUUGCCGUGGUGUGGUUGGGGGUCACGAACAGCUUUUGGAAAGCGGUCGUCCUUGGUACACUGAGUCCCCAGUUCCGGUUAGCCGUACGAGUGCUCUGUCUCACUGUAUGCUGCCGGCACAGGCGACUUCCGCCGGAGCUUCUCGGCCUCGACGACGAUGACUAACGCCGCAUUUACAACGUCUACGAUCAGCAGAGCCUAUGUUGCGUUCUGUUCUAUCCGCGGCGCGUUCUUAGAGCGUCGCUUUUACUUCUAUUCAAGGAUCGUCCUCGCAUCUUGGCACCACUCGCAAGAUGUUCUCUUAAAACUUCGAGCUCCGGCAUACGAAUCGGUACCGAUCGUAGCUUAUGAAUAUCGAUACUGACUUCUAACUUAGUUGAAAUAAUUUAAAGGAAAUAAAGAGUGAUAAAUUAUUAAAAUAAAUAUUAUGUAGAAGAUAGAAAAAGAUUCGGAAUAUACAUGAAACCGGUAUUAUGUAUGAAAAAAAGAGAACAUUUUUGGAAUCUUUAAGUAGAUAAACGUACGUGAAAAUUCUGUGUCUAAAUUUUUAUUUAAAAUGUGAGAAUUCGAUAUUUUUCCAAAGAAAAAAGUCUCUAUUGUUGUAUUAUCUGCAUUCUAUUUGUACAUUCAUGUAGUUAUAUAAAUUUAUAUACAUAUAUUAUUUAUUCUUUUUGGAGAGAGAGACAGGAAACUUUUUAGAAAUGCAAGAUUUUAA